GCAUCUGUUUGAGUGCAUGUGACUGCGUGGGUGUAUGUGUUCCUGUCUGAGCACACGACACAGUAUAAAAGCAGAGGUGCACUCAACCUGUCAUAGACUUUCAACCUCAGACUUCUCUAUUGCUAAGAGAACUCCUCUGCUGAGACCAACAAUGAGAGCCUACCUGGUCCUGCUUCUGCUGCUCCCUCUGUGCACAGAUGCAGGUGGAGGUGUAGAUGAAAGUGGUCAUGGGCCUUUCUCUCUUGCAUUUAACUUGUGGGCUAAAGCGGACUACAACAUUGAGUGUUACGGUGAGGACUUCCUGAUGCUGAGGAACCAGCUCCUACAGUGCUCAAGCAAAACACAGCAGGCCUGCUACAUCAGGAGUUCUGGGGAGAAGGGCUGUGCUAGGCUUGAGUUCUGCUCUCGACCGGGCUGGACGUGUUGCUAUCAUGACCGCUGCAAUGCCUAGAACUGACUCCAGGGACCAAUAACUCCACGGCAGGCAGGCGGAGGAAGGAGAGCAAGACAGAUGGAGAAAGGAUCUGUGAAAUCAGCCGACAGUAACUUGAGGGCUUGUGGUCCGAUCUGCUGUUUAGCGUUUGGUGAUUCAUUAAUGUGUUCGUAAAGUGCAAUAUACACAACUUCGAUGAUGUAAAGUCACAUGAAAUAAAGUCAUGGGACAGUUUUUAUCCACUAA